AUGCCUCCCCCCUUACCCUCCCGAGUAGCAUUAGGUGGUAUGCUGCGAGGGUCGCCUCUCCGUCUCUCCUUCGCGCUACCAGCUCCUGCCCACCUCGCGCGGUGCCCGCCUUUCGCGAUGUGGAGUUUGGUGAACUUUGAAUACACCAAAUUCUGCCAUCCCAUCAACGUCUGCGAGAUCCUCCCGAAACGAUUCAGGAAGCCCGGCGAUAUGGCCACGAUGCGAGCAGUGGGUAUACCAGUGAGAGCUGGCAAGGCCCUCAAGACGUUUAUCGACAUGUGUCCUAAAGUCCGCAACGGUGGAUACAUUGAGGUCAUCUGUAGUGGGCCGCCGGUACACCCACCGCUGGCCGACCAGCAAGAGGAUGAGGAAGGGGAGGAGGGAGGAGGGAGUGGCCAACCUGAGCUUUGGAUCCACGGUCGUAUCCAACCGCCGAGCCGCUCGGGUGGUCUACAGGCUAGUGAGCCCGUCGAGGUGAAGUUGGAGAAGGGGUGGGAGGUGGACACGGAAGCGGAGAGGCUAGCGGCGAUCCUCACGAAGGAGGGCAAACGAGUCAAUCUUCGCAUUAUACUCAGUGUUAUAGCAACUACGACUAACGUUCGCCUAGCUCUCAUUGCGGAGCUCCUCGCUCGAACAGGACGACUGUGUAACAACGUGGAAGGGUAUGAGACCCACGAGCUGCUGGCUCAUAUAAAACCGACGUCCAUACAGUUCAAGAGGCGAGGAGCUCUGAGUGAAAUGAAGGACAAACGCGAGAAGGCGGGCACAGUCACCAACCCCGGCGUCGAUCUGCUACUGCGUCUGGCGCCGCAGCCUAGUAGUUAUAACCCUCUUGUUGCUGAGUGGAAAAAUCGUGAGAAAAUUGAACUCAAGGCUGCCCGUUGAUGCCAUGCCAUCGUUUCUGGAC